AUGACCAUAAAUGAGGACUACCGUGCAUUAACAAUUAUUGAGUUACCAAAACAACUACCACCAAUUUUAGAGCAAUUAUCCACUGACGUUUUUGAUAAGUUAGUCCAGACAGCCACUUCUACCGGAUUAGAAGAAAAUACGCGCAUUUGCAGGCAAACAAUUGCUUGUAAGGAAGACCAGAGGCACACUGAGAGAACACCGGUCGAAAAGCAGGAAAGAGAAUCAAAAACAGAGAAGCUGAAGCAACAAUCUUCCAUAAUUGACCACAGAACAAAUUAUUCGACGAUGACUGGCACAUAUUUUAAAGCCCAUGUUUUCGAUUUUGGUCUUGCUGGUUCCUCAUUUUCAAAAUCUACUUAUCUGGAAGUUUCCUGUGGUAUGAAGAGAAGGCAAUUAAUAAGAAUGCUUGGAGUUCUCCUACCUAGCAAAGGCCUUUUAAAACAAUCACGUCAAUCAAGUAGCACAGGGCGUUUGUCACGGGGUUUUCCACAUCUACUGCGAUUAGAUGGACCACGCCACACUCAUAAAUCAGACUACUCGAUGGGGAAAGUAGGUCGUAUUUUGUUUUUGAUUUUGUAUAAAAGGGCAAUGCUGCAAGGUAACGUGACGUUGCAUAACCAAACACGUAUUAUUUCAUGCAAGGGUUUAAAGGAGUUAAGGCUUCUCCAAGCUAGCUUGAAACAGACUCUCCUUAGAGAUAUGUGCAAGGGUCCUACUUUACGGUGGAAAUGGAAAUUUAGACGUGAAAGACACAAAUUUUGCUGGAUAGAGAUAUCCGUAUAUCAGUGGAGAGUAAAUACUUGUAUGCUUCCUGCCGAAUUAAAAAUUGUUAAUGACUAUAAAUCACACAGUAAGUCAGAAGAAAAUUUUAUAAAAGAAAUGGGAAACAAACCACACUUAGAUAAGCGCCAUCCACUUGAAUACUUUGCUGGUAAUUUGAAUGAUGGUGCUAAUUUGAGACUCUUCAGUCAAUUGCUCACAAAUUGUCCUCAAAUGCGAAGAUAUUUUAGUCCAAUUACAAAUUCAUUGAAUAAAGCUACAAGGUUCCCUUUCAAAAACAUGUCAUUUAGCAUGGAAGACUCAGUAAAAAAAAUUAUAUCUGGGAAAAGUGCUAUUGCACUUUCGAGAGGAAGAAUCAUCAAUUUGUGUGUGUUUUACUGCACAGCCAAAAGAACCGGAGGGUGCUUAGGCAUUUGGACAAUUGUGUUUUAUAAAAAGCAGAUAGCUUUGAAGUUAACUACUACUUGUACCUUACCCAUUAAUUUCCCUUGUAAUUUCCCCUUUGCGAGUUGCUCAGGUAGCACUAGAACUUUACUUCAAAUUGAACGCAACUGGACUAAAAAGUCAUUCGUUGAGGUAAAAACAAGUUGGUUGGGCAGAGCUAAUCCAGUUUUCGUAAGUGAAUGA